AUGCCUGACAACAAAACUCCCCCACCGGGCGUAGAUUCAGAGCCAAACCCUGUCUCUGUCACGACCACUGAGGAUGGCAUCACCACCAUCACCCUGGACCGCCGCCAUCGGAAGAAUGCAGUCGACGGUCCUACGGCAAGGAUGCUCAGGGAUGCAUUCCUGACUUUUGAGGACGACCCGACUCAGAAGGUCUGCAUCUUCAACGGCGCGAACGGAACUUUCUGCGCCGGUUUCGACCUCCACGAGGUCGCCAAGUUCACGCCGGAAGGCGGACCAGGAUACAAAGGUCUGAACAUCGGCCCAGAGCACCGCGUCGACGGCCGCAACCCUGGUCCAAUGGGCCCAUCACGAAUGCAGAUCAAGAAGCCCGUCAUCAGCGCCGUGUCCGGCUACGCCGUAGCUGGUGGGCUUGAGCUGUCUCUUAUCGGUGACAUUCGUGUCGCCGAGGAAGAUGCCGUAUUUGGCGUCUUCUGCCGGCGCUGGGGCGUUCCCCUCAUCGAUGGCGGCACCGUGCGUCUGCAGGCUAUCAUCGGCCUUGGAAGAGCUCUCGACAUGAUCCUCACCGGAAGGCCUGUUCCGGCACAGGAAGCGCUGCAGAUGGGACUCGCGAACCGCGUCGUUCCAAAGGGUAAGGCGCUUGAAGAGGCCAACAAGAUUGCGAGGCAGCUUCUUACGUUCCCGCAAGCCUGCAUGAAUGUUGACCGCUCCAGCUGCUACUAUUCAGUCUACAACGCCACGUCGUUCGAAGACGCGUUGAGGAAUGAAUUCGACGAGGGAAUUAAAGUGAUUACUACAGAGAGCGUUAAGGGGGCUUCGAAGUUCAGUAAAGGCGCAGGACGCCAUGGGGCCUUUGAACAGCCGGAGAGAAAUUCAAAACUAUAA